AUGUCCCAAGAAAUAACUGAAGAUCCGUUUCAAUUUUGCGGUUCACCAUCAGUAUCAUCUGACUAUGAAUCCAAUAGUGAUCAAAUCAACAACGAAUUGAAUUUAUUAUUAACGCACAUUGAACGAAUUGAUAAGAAUGUUUUGAAAUUGAAUCAAUUAGUAGAUAUAUUAAUAUCAAAGGAAACAAUAAUGGAAAUUACAUUAAGCAGUAUAAAUGCUGAUUAUAUUAAUACAAGAGAAAUUAUUCAGAAAACAGAAACAUCGUGUUCAAAAAUAUUGAAUAUUAUUGAAGAACGAGCAUUAUCGUAUGAACGAGCAAUUGAAGAUGCUGCACAACAACUUCAAAUGGUGGCACAAAAAGUAAUAAAUAACUUUUCAAUCGUAAGACUAAUGUGGAAGAAAUUAAAAUUACGAGUGUAAUGAAACUUUCUUAGAACCCCACGGCUAGAAAAGGAUAGUGGUCUAUUCGCUCGUGUAGAAAAUAUUCACUAGCAUACGCUCAUAGAAAUAGUGAUGCUAACGGCUUUUGUACCAGUACCAACUGAUAUUAUAUUGUAUUUUUCUUUUAUCGUUUAGGUAUGUCUGAUCUCAAAAAAAAAACAUAAAACGUUUUGAAGUGUUGAGUUCAGCUAUUGAUACCGAUACAAAGGGAAAAAACUCAUUUGGAACCAUUACGAGUGGCUGAGAAUGACCGAAUGAGUUUUUCCUCUUGCUUUUAACUCUCUGUCAUAAGACUUUGCCCAAAAACUUUAGAUGAUUCAGAGCUUGAACAAAAAACUCCUAUGGUAACAUAAACUCAAUACUUCUAAACUAUCAUGACAAACACAUAUUUCGGACAUGACUUUUUUCAAUGAGGAAGUUUCGAGUUAAUUGAGUAUUGCCGAAAGUGUACAUCUUUUCAACGUAUCGAAUUCAAAAGAGCCUACUAGAUAGAAUAUACUUGUAACACAUUAUCAAAGGUUUGCAAAAUCGAAAUAGAGUUGCUCUAUUUUCGUAUCAAUAAGUCAAAUCAUCGCUUUAGUCCAGCAAAACAAUUGAUUUUUGAUUGAUUCUGAUGUAGUUUAUUGCUUCAGUAGGUUUUCGAUUAGCAAAUCAAGUUCAAUAAAAACCAAUUGAAUAAUUGAAGAGCUAAUCGAAAAAAAAACUUUCUCAUCUUUGUGAAACAAAAUGAACAAUAAAGAGGGUUUUUUUUCAAGAAAUAUAUUCACUCUUAGAAUUUUCUAAUUUUUUUUUCUUCAUUUUGCUUGUUUAUUUUCACCUAUCGAUAAGCGG